CUGAGGCUCGGGGCUGCGGGAGAAGCCGGCGCCGCAGCCAUGCGGGUGGGAGCAGUAAGGCAGGCGGCUCCUGGUGGCUGCCAUUUGCCCUGCCAGCCGGGCGCGUGAAGCGCCCCAGCGCUACCCGGAGACGGGGAGGGGACCCUUCGCCAGCUGCAUCGAUACGCGUUUUCGUCUUCCUGCGCUGGCUCCUGCCUCUGCCCCCGGGAUGCCGGCCUCACUGCGGCGCCUCAUGCUGCUGCUCUGGCUCUCCAGUGCCACGGCGCUGCUCGGCACUGCGGCUGCGGCUCAGAGUGAGGAGCGGUUAUGUGCAUUUAAGGACCCAUAUCAACAGGACCAUGGAAUCAGUGAGAGUCGGAUCUCUCAGGAAAAUGGCACUAUUUUGUGUGUGAAAGGCAGCACUUGCUAUGGACUUUGGGAAAAAACACGAGAAGGAGAUAUACAUCUUGUAAAGCAAGGAUGCUGGUCUCACAUAGGAGAUCCACAAGAGUGUCAUUUUGAAGAGUGUAUAGUAACAACCACCCCUUCCUUGAUUCAGAAUGGAACAUAUCGCUUCUGCUGUUGUAGCACUGACUUGUGUAAUGUCAACUUCACUGAAAACUUUCCACCUCCUGACCCUACUGAUACAACACCUUUCAAUCCAUCUCAUUCUUUUCACCGAGACGAGACUAUAGUUAUUGCUUUGGCAUCAGUAUCUGUAUUAGCUGUUUUGAUUGCUGCUCUCUUCUUUGGAUACAGGAUGCUUGCAGGGGACCGUAAGCAAGGUCUGCACAGUAUGAACAUGAUGGAAGCAGCAGCAUCAGAACCUUCACUUGACCUGGAUAAUCUCAAAUUGUUGGAGCUGAUUGGCCGGGGGCGAUAUGGAGCAGUAUAUAAAGGCUCCCUUGAUGAGCGUCCAGUGGCUGUAAAAGUAUUUUCCUUUGCCAACCGUCAGAACUUUAUCAAUGAGAGGAACAUUUACAGAAUCCCACUGAUGGAACAUGACAACAUUGCCCGCUUCAUUGUGGGAGAUGAGCGAUUCACUGCAGACGGACGUAUGGAAUAUUUAUUGGUGAUGGAAUAUUAUCCCAACGGUUCUCUGUGCAAGUAUUUGAGUCUCCAUACAAGUGAUUGGGUGAGCUCUUGUCGCUUAGCCCACUCAAUAACCAGGGGCCUGGCAUACCUUCACACGGAGUUACCUCGAGGAGACCACUACAAACCUGCAAUUUCCCAUCGGGACUUGAAUAGCCGUAAUGUACUGGUGAAGAAUGAUGGAACAUGUGUAAUUAGUGAUUUUGGACUAUCCAUGAAGCUAACUGGAAACAGACUGGUACGCCCAGGCGAGGAGGACAAUGCAGCCAUUAGUGAGGUUGGUACAAUCCGCUACAUGGCACCAGAAGUACUGGAGGGAGCAGUGAACCUGAGGGACUGUGAAUCUGCUCUGAAACAAGUAGAUAUGUAUGCACUAGGCCUUAUCUACUGGGAGAUUUUUAUGAGAUGCACUGACCUCUUUCCAGGGGAGUCUGUGCCAGAGUACCAGAUGGCAUUCCAGACAGAAGUCGGAAACCAUCCCACUUUUGAAGAUAUGCAAGUCCUGGUGUCUAGGGAGAAGCAGAGACCAAAAUUCCCAGAAGCCUGGAAAGAGAACAGCCUGGCUAUAAGGUCACUAAAAGAGACAAUUGAAGACUGUUGGGACCAAGAUGCCGAAGCACGACUGACAGCCCAGUGUGCUGAGGAGAGGAUGGCUGAACUCAUGAUGAUUUGGGAGAGGAACAAAUCAGUUAGCCCAACAGUCAAUCCUAUGUCUACUGCCAUGCAAAAUGAACGCAACCUGUCACACCAUAGGCGUGUGUCAAAGAUCAGGCCCUAUCCAGAUUAUUCUUCUUCCUCCUACAUUGAAGACUCAAUCCACCACACUGACAGCAUUGUGAAGAACAUUUCCUCUGAGCAUUCAAUGUCCACUACGCCACUGACUUCAGGGGAAAAGAACAGAAACUCCAUUAACUAUGAAAGACAGCAAGCACAGGCUCGAAUCCCUAGUCCUGAGACUAGCGUCACCAGCUUGUCCACCAACACUACUACCACCAAUACAACUGGGCUUACUCCUAGCACUGGCAUGACAACUAUAUCUGAGAUGCCUUACUCAGAUGAAGCAAACCUACAUGCUACAAACAUCAUGCAGCCUAUUGGGCCAACUCCUGUUUGUCUGCAGCUAACAGAGGAGGACUUGGAGACCAACAAGCUGGAUCCAAAAGAAGUGGAUAAGAACCUAAAGGAGAGUUCUGAUGAGAAUUUGAUGGAGCAUUCCCUGAAACAGUUCAGUGGACCAGAUCCACUCAGCAGUACCAGCUCUAGCUUGCUUUAUCCACUGAUAAAAUUAGCAGUAGAGGUAACUGGACAGCAGGACUUCUCACAAGCAGGGAAUGGUCAAGCAUGUUUGAUACCAGAUGUCCCAUCUGCUCAGGUCUACCCUCUACCGAAGCAGCAAAACUUGCCGAAGAGGCCUACUAGUCUACCCUUAAGCACCAAAAAUUCAACAAAGGAGCCAAGACUGAAAUUUGGUGGCAAGCACAAAUCAAACUUGAAGCAAGUAGAAACUGGAGUUGCCAAGAUGAACUCUAUCAAUACUGCAGAACCUCAUGUGGUAACAGUUACUAUGAACGGAGUGGCUGGGAGGAGCCACAGCAUAAAUUCGCAUGCUGUAACAACCCAGUAUGCCAAUGGAGCAGUGCCAUCUGGCCAGACCAGUUCCGUGACACACAGGGCCCAAGAAAUGCUUCAGAACCAGUUCAGUGGAGAGGACAGUCGACUGACUAUUAACUCAAGCCCUGAUGAGCAUGAACCUCUGCUGAGACGGGAGCAGCAAGUUAGCCAUGAUGAAGGUGUUCUAGAUCGUUUAGUGGACAGGAGAGAGCGGUCACUGGAUAAUGGACGAACAAAUGCCAACAACAACAAUAGCAAUCCUUGCCCAGUGCAAGAUAUAGCGGCAGUCAGCAUCCAGAGCACGGCAACAAAUCCUAGCCAGACCCAGACCAGAAGAGCACAGAGGCCUAAUUCACUGGAUCUCUCAGCCACAAAUACUUUGGAUAGCAGUGGCAUGCAAUGUGACUCGUUGCAAGAUGGCAAGCCAGGCUCAGGAGAGAAGAUCAAGAAACGUGUGAAAACUCCUUAUUCACUGAAGCGGUGGCGCCCAUCAACAUGGGUCAUCUCUACUGAACCACUGGACUGCGAGGUCAACAAUAAUGGCAACGACAGGGCAGUCCACUCUAAAUCCAGCACUGCUGUUUACCUUGCAGAAGGAGGUACUGCCACAACUAUGGUGUCUAAGGAUGCAGGAGUGAACUGUCUGUGAAAUAUUUUAAAAGUUGACAAAAUGACAUUUUUGCAUUAUUUGAAACAAAAAAUGCAGAAGACAUUUAAAAAAAAACAAACUGCUUUCUCCUCCUGUCCACAUCCCCUACCAAGGACUCGCUUUAAAUAGAUUUCAGCUAUGCAGAAAAUUUUUAGCUUAUGCUUCCAUAUUUUUUAAUUUUGUUUUAUUUUUUUGAACAUUUUUGCACUUUUAUUUAGUAUCGCUAAAGUUAAGUCUGUCUGUUUUUGACCACAAAAUUAUAUAUAUGUGUAUCAAAAAUGUGGUCUCAAAAUAUUUUUUUAAAAAAAUAACAAAAAAAGUAUUGCUGAUAAUCAGUUUAGACCAGUUUCUAAAGGUCACUAAAAACAUACAGACUAGAAGACAGGUUUGACUGCAGUGGUGUCUUGUAUCCAUGUUUUGAUUUCUGUGCACAAGCUAGUUUGUAUAUUUUUAUGUUACAAAGUGUAUUAUCUUUUGAACUCCCUACUUUUGUUGUGUUAUGUUGAAAUGUGCAAUAGUCUAUAGUUCACAGUAAAGUGUGUUUUGAAACCAGCCACACAUUCUCCCCAUCUUUGUGAGUAUUUGUUAAUUUGUCCCUGACAGUUUAGCAGUCAAUCAUUCACGACAGUGAACUUUGCACACCAUAGCCAGCUUGAAGCAGCUGCCUGUAUCUGUCCUUGUGCUCUAAGAUGACAGUGGAUAAUGCAUGAAUUUUCCCCACCUUGAAAGGGCUUUUAAAAAGGAACUAAAAAUAUGAUUUCAAAUACUUUUCCUUUAAUCCUUUAAAAUUGUAUUCAGUUUACUUCAUAACAGAUAUCAUAUUAGUUUGGGACAUUCUAAGAAGAAAAACAGAACAAAAUGUAAAGGAACAAAAUAUGUCAGCCAUUUUUCCAUUUUAUUUUUGAUGCAGCUUCAUUAUUUGUAUUUAUGCAAACUUUCUUAUUGCUGUUAAUGUGUAUUUAAAAGUUUGUUUUUUGUCAGAAAUCCUAAUGAACUAUCCUGCUAAGAGUUCUAGUGAAGGUAGGUUGUUAAGACAUUUUGUUGCCUAGAAGAGUACUGACUUCUGAUUGGCCCAAAAUGGUCAUGUGUUGAAUCUCAGCUUUUACUAUUUAGCUCCUUAGAAUAAAUAUCUAUAUCCGGAGCAAUGUCAAGCACAUUACAUUUGCAAGUGUGUGCAUCUUAACUGGCUGCUGCAGAGUUAAGUGAAAAUUAUUCUUCCCUUCAAAGUUUUUUUUUCUAGACCCUUUCGUUCAUCUUGCUGUUCAAAUUUUAAGCUAAACUUUAAAAAUUCAUGAUCAUGAGAUCAGUUUCUUUUUUCUUUUCCUAAUGAGAACAUUAACCCUACAUGCACUGAUGUCAGGUAUCAGUGACUGGUAAUGUAAUACCUGUUGGGGUAAGUAUUGAUCUCAGCUUCUUUUCAAGCCAAUAUUAUUAUUAUCUUCUCAGGGCAAUAAUACUGGCUGCUGACUUUAACACAACUCACUGCCCCCAUAUAAGGACAUUGGCUCAGGAGUAAUUUUGUCUUGCUGAAAAAAAAUAAACACAAAGUAGCUAAAGAACUGUAGAAUCUGGCUUGCUGUGAUACUGAGCAACAUAUUUCACUUGUGUUGGGAAACUGCUCAAAUCCUUAAGGCUUAGAAAAUAAAAAACCUCAAAACCUGUGAUGAAAAAUAA